UCAAAAACAGUUGCUGCAGCUGUCACACUUUCCAACGGAAUUUCGCGUUCGUUGCCCGUGGAAGCAAACAACAACAGCUUUUUUUUCAGCUUGAUCGUCGUCGUUUGAGUUUCGGUUGCCUUAUGUAAGAAAAGUGUCCUCUAGCCGCCGUCAGAAUGGCCAACAUUUCCGGCAACGCCCGGAUAACGGACCAGAUAAUGGAUUAUUACGUGCGCCACGGCCAGAACCGCGACCUGGAGCGGUUCCUGCGGCUGCGAGCGGCCAGCACGACGCGAUCUUCGAGCGACGGAAGUUUGCCCGGGCUGGAGGAGUUGGACCGGCGGGAGCGGGUGGCGGAAAAAGUCGGGCGGUCGAUGGAGAAUUUGAGUACGAUGAGGGGUGAGGAACAGGGAAAGGAGAAAGGGAAGUCGAGGGAGCGGUUGGAUGCUUCUGGGGGGAGUGGCAAGUCGUCCUGUGUGAAGAGUCCGGCGAAGGUGGAAGCUGCGCCGGAGGUGGUGGUGAAGGAGGUGAAGAGUGAGAAGAAGUCGGGCAGGAAUUUCAACUUUAAUUUGGAGUCGGUGAUUGAGAUUAAGCUACCGCAGGCGCCGCCGGUGCAACCGGCCAUGCUGGUCUCGCCGAGGCAGGCAAUUUUAGGUUCGGCACCUGGCCCAGCGAUUCACGAGAUUAGUUCGGCGGCGACGCAAACCAUGCCGGAGGCUCGUUCCGUUGAGCAGCAAACGGAGGAACCGAUUCGUCCGGUGCUAAAACCGAGCAAUUUAAAUCCUGCCGAGGAGACGAUUGAAACAACGAGGGACAUUUCGCCGUCCAGUAGUGUGGCUUCGGCGAAACAGAAGCUGGAGUGGGACUCCCUCGGGGACAUUGGAUACGAUUCCAACGAAAAGUUUUACUUUUGUGGAGCGUCCGAUUUAAACGAGACUGAGAAGCGCUGCCUGCAGAAGUACUUUGCCAAGAAGGGGUUGAACUUUGACGAGAAGAUCGUCGUGGUUAAAAAUGUUCCGUCGAAAAAGGUUGAGGUGGAAGAGCCAAAAGAGACGCCAAAGGUGGACGCACCAAGAAAGUGGCAAAACGUUUACCAAAAGUACAAGGAAAAAUACCCAAAUCCAUCGGAGAUAUCGCUCAGUUUGAUGAACCCGGAUGCUCAAAGUACUCCAAAGGUCGUAGGGUCGAAAGAGGUGCCUCUACGACCGGUGAAAUCAACCCAAACCAGCCUCGUGAAGAUCCUCACCAAAGGAAUUCAAGCAGCACAAUCAAUCGAUACGACCAGCAAGCAAGUUGGAACAUCUCCCCAAAAGUCGCUCUCUUCCAUAAGUAACAAAACCCCCUCCGUCGUGGAACCCACCACCGACCAAGCCGACGUGGCCGACAGUUUUGAGUUCUUUUCGUCUCCCCCGAGUAUCAACGAAAGCAACCAAGUCCAUCAAUCCUCAACCGGAUCCACAUUGAAAACUUCCCCGGAAGUGACUUCAUCAACCUCAUCCUCUUCCGCAAUGCAACAGUCAACCGGAGGGGAGUACAACUUUGACGACGAACUUCGCCUCGGCAUGACGCUGUACAACACGAUUUACGAGUCGCCGAGCUUGCCCGCGCGCGUCAAGCAAAGUUUGAUCGAUAAGAUAUUCCGCAAGAUGGUGAAGAACGACCCGCGGGGGCGCACGAAGGAGCAGCUGUUGGAGUAUUGUGGGAAGGUAAAGCGGGACGAAGGGAAGGUGCUUGAGGGCAUGAGUGGCGUCGAGGAGGUGGCUAGUAGUGGCAGUUCUAGGACGUCCGAAAGGGGAGGGAAGGAGAGAGCGGACACACCUGUUGUUGCUGUUGAAGAAGUUGUAGAGGAAGAGAAGUCACGGGCGUCAACAGAGGGUGAGAGAGAUGGUAAGAGUCAGGAAAUUUCAGAUCCAAUCGUGAAGAACUUCCAGGAACUGAGCAUCAAAAGUAACGAAGGCCGCAAUCCUGCAACUUCCCUCACCUCGUCCCAGCCCACGCUGUCCUCAUCGCGCCCAGACUCGUCCAAAGGAACCGCAAAGCACCGCUCGCAAUUCUCACUGCCAAAAUCUUCCCUGUCCGACGGUGUUCGAUCCAGCGAUCAGCGAAUCCGCAAAGCCAUGACCGACUACCUGCGACCGAUGACCCGCUCCGAGGUGGACUACGCCAAUCAACAGGAUUUGCGACGAAGUCGCGAAACGGUCAGUGCUCCGACGACGACAACUUCAAGUGGAGAUCGCAUCUUUGCGCUGUUCCAAAAGGAGAAGCAAACGCAGCUGUUGAAGGUCGACAAGAAGAUUGAACACCUGAAGGCGAUCAAACUGCUGCUGCUGGAGGAGCAGCAAGCGGUUCGGGAGAUUCGGGGCGGUACGGGCACGACGGUUCCGGUUCAGGAGAAGUUCCGGAAGCCGUUGGCUCCGCCAACAUCGGAGGAAAAGGAAAAUAUUUACGAAAAUACUCAACGCCGGGUUCGGAGUUCGGCCAGCGCUCCCGUUUAUACAUCGGUUCACGGCGACACACCCAGCGCGGAUUCGAAAAAUGAAACGGAAUAUUCAACCGAGUCGGAAUCGGCUUGGAAUUCGCACUACCACCUGAAAAAGAUGAUCCAGAACCGGUCAAAACUGGAAACACCAACAUCAGACGAAAGCAUUGCAACGUUCAUCAAAGCAAGAAAGGACAAGUUUAUCGAAAACUACGAACGACAUCGCAAGCGAUCGAUGCUCGACGAUCAGCAGCAUCUGUACACGAAACCGUACAGCGGACGCCAAAGCAAACAGGACCACUACUCGCGGCUAGACGAAAAGUACAGCGUACGAAAGCUUGCCAAGCCCCCAAGUAUCGACGUGUUCAUCUCCUCCGACUCCAUGUCGAUUCCUGCAGCCAACACCCUCACAAACACCACAACCCACCAAUAUGACAUCAAGUCAACCCGAUCCUCGCCAGAAAGCCUCACUACCAACGCCAAACCCGCCGGCACUCAAACCACCAGCUCAAUCCUCCGAACCAAACCGAUCUUCGAGUCCCAACCCAAAACUUCUACCGCCGUGCAGGUUCCGUCCGCAGCCGGAUGUCACUGCGCGUGCGAUUGUCCCUGCCGCCACCGUCAGCAGCAGCCACAACCAACCAAACACACCGAAAUCGUCGACGGAACGCACCGCAAACAGGACAAACAACAGCAGACCAAGCCCAGCUCAAUCGCGUACGUGAUCACGUUCCAGGGCGGCGAUACAAAGCGACAGCUUCGAGAUCCCGAAAAAGACCAAGUCUACCGGACCAGCUCAACCGACACGAGCAGCAAAACAAACGACGACCCCGAUCAGCUGGAGCUGCUUCCGUUGAAGGAGCAGUUUCGGCGGGCCAGACCGAGCACGCUGUCGCGGCUGAAGGAGCGUCAAAAGUGUGUCAACGAACUGCACAAACUGCGCUCGGAGCGAAACAAGCAGCGCAAGAAGUUGCUUCUGCUAACGUCGGAUGAUUCGCUGCGGAGGUGCGAUGUGAAGCAGCGGUUGCCGCCGCCACCACUUGCUCAAACGCGCAUCUUCUCGUCGAAGGCGAUCCGCGAAAACACGCGUCGCCAGGUGAAGAACCUGCCGGAGGUGCUGCGCAAAAAGGAGAUCGAGAAGAUUAACAAUCUCAAGCGGAAAAAUCUCAUCCUCAGGGAUAAGUUUAACAAGAAUCUCCAACGGAAAGUUCUCCACGGGCACGUGGACUUGUCCAACAGUGUGCGCGUCAUGCAGGAUUGAAGCAUCGUUACCUGCCGCCUCGCUGUGCCUUCGAAUAGUACCUAAACACAAUGUUACACGUCACUCCGGAGUGUGCCGAACCGCGAAUGUGUUCGUUGUUAUAAUUUUACCUGCUUUUAAUCGUAUUAAAUUGAAGUUUUAUUCAAUAAAUGAAGUUGGUAGUCUCA